AUGCUCCAUAAUAAGUGUCGCUCAUUCCAACUAUAUCCCGGUCACCCUCAGACGAAGUCGCGGUCAUCUUCCAUAAAAGGUCCAUGGUGCUAUAUUCGGGUAACAAAGAAGGAAUUCGGGUCCAAAGAAUGCUUUAAACCCUGUAAAGGACAACCACGUGAAGAGAGAACUGAUGCCGGAAAGUCGCAGUAUGGUGAGAGGCAGGUGCAGAUGAACUACAACGACAUGUUGAUCGAAAACAUUCAAAAAUUCUACAAGUCUUACACAUGGGGAGACACCAGUUAUUAUCGCUGGGUAGGG